AUGGUGAUCAACUACAGCAAGUGGGACGCCCUCGAGCUCUCCGACGACAGCGACAUCGAAGUACACCCCAAUGUCGACAAGAAAUCGUUUAUCCGCGCAAAACAAGCCCAGAUUCACCAGGAGCGCGAACAGCGUCGCCAUCAAAUAAAAACACUGAAGUAUGAGCGCAUCAUCAACGAUGGCCUCACAGAACGCGUCGAUCGACUCCUCACCACGCUCAAGUCGCACAAGGACAAGCAGGCCGAGGGCAGCGGCGCGAGCGAUGAUCAGCUUGUAUUCCAAGCCAUGAUGGAGAGCAUGAUGGACAUGAAGGCUGGCAAAGACGGCGGUGCAGACAGGCCGCCAACGCCCCCAGAGGGUGUGCAUGAACAUAUAAAAGACAAGCCCACAUACCCACAGAUGAUGGCGAGUCUGGUAGAUGCGGUGAAGAAGGAUAUCGAUGAGCAAAAGAGCGAGGAGCCUAGAUAUGACUUGUUUAUCAAAGGUCUGGAGAAAGAGAAGGAGCGGAUACAGGAUCUACAGAGCCAAUUGUUUGCAAAAUUGGCAGAGUUAGAGAAGGAAGAGAAGAGGCACAUCACCAGCGACGACUUACAUGAGGGUUUCAACUACUCCAACGUCAAAAAAGCCGAAGAGGACAAGAAGAAAGCCUCCACUGCAGCAUCGUCGUCAACAGGUGCUAAGAAAGAAACUACAAUCGAACUGCUCAACACUCCUAAACGACCAGAUGCCACACGGUCAGACACAGGUCAGUCUUCUGGUGCAGACGCAGACAUAGAAGAAGGAACAGUUGCGGGUGCCACCGGAGACAACGAAGACGACAUCACCGCGUCUCCCCUUGCACAAUCAUUUGCCAAGAUCAAGGUGGGAGACUGGUACGCCUGUCUGCAAUUCCUCAUGCAACACCCUGAAAUUCUUUCGGAAAAAGAAACAGACGGCCUUCUAGUCGAAGCGUUCAAUGCCGAGCUCGACGGCAAACCCAAGCACGCCCGACAAUGCGUACACCAAGGCCUGCUACUGCAGUACUGCCGCCAGCUCGGUGGAAGACAAGGUGUAGAGCUCUUCUUCAAGCGCAUUCAAACAAAAGACCACCAAGCCGGCAAAAUGUUCAACGACGACGUCGACUCGACAUACCACCGCAUCAAGACGCGCGCAGCCGAAAUCCUCAAGGAGCGCGCCGAGAACCCUCAGGGCGAAGGCGCAGGCGUCGAACAGAUCCAACUACAUGCUGUGGAUCCAAACACGCAAAUCAACAUUUCCGUCCCGCCCAAGGAACCCACAGCAACGGAUCCCGAGGAACGAGAGGCGGAAGUUCAGGCGAGACAGAUUUUCGAGUCGUUUCCACCGGGCUUGCAGCGCGCGCUUGAGAGCAGCAAGCUGGAUGAGGUAAACAAAGUCCUUGCUAAAAUGAGUGUGGAUGAGGCAGAAGAGGUGGUGGAGAAGCUAGGGCAGGGCGGCAUGUUGAGUCUGGAAGAGGGUGUGAUUGAUGCUACGACUGAGGAGGGCCAGCGCGUCAUGAGUGAGAUUGAGAAGAACCGUGCUAUGCCUGGUGCGAAGGAGUGA